AGUGCGCACCGACGCAUUUCAGUAAACGAAUUAUGAGGCAUUGCCUAUUCCAUUUGAAUGGUAGCCUAAAUGUGUAGCACUCAUCCGUUGACUAGCAGUAUCGAGUUAGUUUGUGGUGCAUAGCGCGUAACUUCUCAGAAAAGAAAGGAUUUGAUGCAGAAACCUCCGAUGCCAUCUGAGGAUGCGGCACGGGCGAGUGCGGGUGCCGCUCGGGAGGCUGCGGACUCGGCCCUACGUGAAGACGCGCAGCCUCAUGAUUCUCUAAAACACGCCGUGUCCGUUCUGUGGUCAUUUGGAAAGUGCCUCGGUGCCUUACUGCCAGUCUAUCUGGCCGGUUAUUUUGGAUUCAGCAUCAGCUUAGUUUUGCUCGGUCUCAUGGUGUAUACGGGAUGGAAACACGGCCGCGAUGGAAAGCAAGCGCGACUGCAAAGCGCGUUGUAUUUUGUGGAGAAUGAGCAGGAUGUCACGACUACACGGGUGUUUAGAAGUAAACGGGAUUUACCGGCAUGGGUGAGCUUCCCCGACGUGGAAAAGGUUGAGUGGAUGAACAAGAUAUUGCAGCAGGCCUGGCCAUUCAUUGGACAGUAUUUGGAGAAGCUUCUAGUGGAGACCAUUGCUCCUUUGAUCCGAACCACCAGCACUCAUCUACAAACACUAAGCUUCACCAAAGUUGACUUGGGAGACAGGGCUAUGAAGGUAGUUGGGGUAAAGGCCUACACUGAGCAUGAUAAGCGUCAAGUGAUACUGGAUCUUUAUAUCAGCUAUGCUGGAGAUGUGGAGAUAAACGCUGAAGUGAAGAAGUACUUCUGUAAAGCUGGAGUGAAGGGUAUUCAGCUCCAUGGGAAGUUGAGGGUGAUCUUGGAACCCCUAAUUGGAGAUAUUCCUCUCGUUGGAGCGAUCACCAUGUUCUUUAUUCGCAGACCUAAGCUGGACAUCAACUGGACUGGCCUGACCAAUUUAUUAGACAUACCUGGUUUAAAUGCCAUAUCGGACACUAUGAUAAUGGAUGCAAUCGCCUCUUUCCUGGUUCUCCCCAAUCGUCUCACUGUACCUUUGGUGGCCAACCUGCACGUAGCACAGCUCCGUUCCCCUCUUCCACGGGGUAUAGUGCGUAUUCACUUGCUGGAGGCAGAAAACCUAGCUACUAAAGAUAACUAUGUGAAAGGCAUUAUAUCUGGGAAAUCAGACCCGUAUGCAGUGCUGCGGGUGGGCACACAAAUUUUCACCUCCCACCAUGUGGACAACAACCUCAAUCCUCAGUGGAGGGAGAUGUAUGAGGUUAUCGUUCAUGAAGUGCCUGGUCAGGAGCUCGAGCUGGAGGUGUUUGAUAAAGACCCUGACCAGGAUGACUUUCUUGGAAGGUUGAAGCUGGAUUUAGGUAUUGUAAAGAAAGCCAUCAUUUUGGAUGAGUGGUACACACUGAAGGAUGCAAAAUCAGGUCAGGUUCAUCUCAGGCUGGAAUGGCUCUCUCUGUUGCCCUCUGCAGAGCACCUGACUGAGGUGUUGCAGAGGAAUGAAAACAUUACGAUUUCCAGUAAAACAGCAUAUCCCCCAUCUGCUGCCAUUCUGACUGUGUACCUGGACCGGGCCCAAGAUCUACCUUUUAAGAAAGGUAAUAAGGACCCCAGUCCCAUGGUACAGGUUUCUGUGCAGGAUACGACCAAAGAGAGCAGGACGGUGUAUGGGACUAAUAAUCCGGUGUGGGAGGAUGCCUUUACAUUUUUUAUUCAGGACCCUCGAAAACAAGAUAUCGACAUCCAGGUGAAAGAUGAUGACAGGGCUUUGACUCUGGGCUGUCUGUCUGUCCCCCUCUCCCGUCUUCUCUCCAGCACUGAGCUUAGCAUGGAUCAGUGGUUUCAGUUGGAAAAGUCUGGACCGGCCAGCCGCAUCUAUAUGACAUUUCUGUUGAGGUUGUUGUGGCUGAAUGAGGAAGCAAUCCCAACCACACCUGUACCUCCAAUACCAGGAGAGGGGGAUACUGAAUCUGAGGUGUCUCCAGGGGCAACAAAAGUAACCCCCACCUCCAAACGUCCCGAGCACACCAGCCCAGACAGCAGCUUUGCCUCUGAGGGUGUUUUGCGGAUCCACCUGGUAGAGGCCCAAAGUCUCAUUGCUAAGGACAGUCUAAUGGGUGGCAUGAUGAAGGGAAAGAGUGACCCUUAUGUGAAGAUCCGGGUAGGAGGAUUGGCUUUCAAGAGUCAGGUCAUCAAAGAGAACCUCAACCCUGUCUGGAAUGAACUUUAUGAGGUGAUUUUGACCCAGCUCCCAGGUCAAGAGGUGGAGUUUGAGCUGUAUGAUAAAGACAUUGAUCAGGACGACUUCCUUGGCAGAGUCAAAGUGAGCCUCAGAGAGCUCAUUAGUGCUCAGUUUAAUGACCAGUGGUAUACUCUGAAUGAUGUGAAGUCUGGACGUCUUCAUCUGGUGAUGGAAUGGCUGCCUAAAGUGUCAGUUGCCACCAGACUUGAACAGAUUCUGCAUUACAACUCUCAGCAGUCUUACCUGAAUAAAACAUUUCCCUCUGCUGCAAUGCUGUUUGUGUAUGUUGAGAGAGCACAUGGUCUACCUUUGAAGAAGAGCGGCAAAGAGCCGAAAGCAGGAGCAGAACUGUCAAUCAAAAAUGUAUCCUAUCGGACAAAAGUUUGCACACGCUCGACUUCUCCACAUUGGGAUGAAGCUUUUCAUUUCCUGAUUCGUGAUCCAAGAGAAGACACACUUAUUGUCAAACUCUCUCACAGCUGGGGUCAGGCUCUGGGUGCUCUUGUGUUUCCUGUGAGGGAGCUGCUGGUUGAGAAAGAUCUGCUGCUGGACCGCUGGUUCAAUCUGGAUGGAGCCAUGCCUGAGAGUCAGAUCCUGCUGAGAGCUGAAGUUAAGCUCUUAGAUUGUAAAUUGGCGCAGUGUAGUGAUGGCACAGAUGGUGCAGAAGAAGUUUGUCAUGUGAUUCCCAGUGGAGAGGCAGCUGCUGCAGCCAAUCAUGAGUUCAGGCACAGGAAUGUGCACGCCCAAGGAGGUGAGGAUGCUGGUGCAAGUGGGAAUGCCCAGGUGAAGCUCUCUAUUGCUUAUUCAUCUGAGGAGAACAGAUUAGUUAUCACCAUCCAUGCCUGUAGGAACUUGCCAUCUUACUCUAAGGAUUCCCCAGACACUUACGUCACAUUCAUUCUUCAACCUGACAAGAACCGGAACACCAAAAAAAAGACCAGUGUUAAGAAGAAAAACAGUAAGCCUGAGUUCAAUGAGAGAUUUGAUUUUGACAUAUCACUUGUAGACGCUAAAAAGAGACACAUUGAACUGUCUGUCAAAAACAGUGUUUCCUUCAUGAGUCGUGAAAAAGAGAUUCUUGGAAAGCUGCAUAUAGACUUGAAUCAGCUGGAUCUCAAAACAGGAGUAACACAGUGGUAUGACUUGUUGGAUGAGACCAACUGAAUGGGCCUUCCCAUGUUGACUUUUGACCAAUGCAUGUUUACUUACCCUUGGAAAGGACCAGAAUGUCCUGAGUUUGAUGGUGUCAGAACCACAAAUGCAACAUGGAAUUACUGUGUAACACGCUUUGACCCAAACUAGCCUGCUUGAGUUGCAUCAUAAACAAUUGUAGCACAUGAAGCCUAAGAGGGCAUUGCCUUGAGCCAACAUAAGAAAUUUUUUUUUGUUUUGGAAAAUUUAGUUCACCCAAAAAUGAAAAUUCUGUCAUAAUUUACUCACCCUCAUGUUGUACCCAGAUGAGUUUCUAUCUUCUAUGGAACACAAAUGGUGGUGUUAGGCAGAAUGUUAGCAUCAGUCACCAUUUAUUUUAUGGAAAAAAGGAUGCAAUGAAAUUGAAUGGUGAACAUUUUGCCUAACAUCUACUUUAGUGUUUCACAGAAGAAAGUUACACGGUUUAGAGCAGCAUGAGGGUGAUUAUAUAAUGACAGAAUUUUCAUUUUUGGGUGAACAAUCCAUAGAUUUUUAUUUUCUUUUUAUAGAAGUUUCUACAGUGUCAGUUUGUUACAAAUGUGACUUUUUUGUCAUUGAGAAUGUUUUUGAGUGGGAUGUUGAAGCUUCUCUUCAGCAGAGAAAUUUCAGUGUUUAUUAAUAUUCAUUGUAUGACAUUCCAUAAUUUCAACAAGAAACGUUUCUGGAACUGUUCGGUUCCCAAUCCAAUGCAAAUCCACAUGUAUUUCAAAAUGCAAAAAAUAUUUUUUUAGUAUUUUGUACAUUUUGUUUAGAAGGAGAAGGUAUGUAAUGAAAGCCAGAUGAAAGGAACCAUUUUCACUGUUUCCUUUUUGGAAUCGAAAAAAUAACAAGGGGCUUGUUUAGUUCUUAUUGAAACACUUGACUUCUUUUUUAUCUUUGUAUGUUCUCACAUUUCCAAUGUAAAUUACUGCAAGAGGACAACUGCCUUUAUACAUAUCAAAAAAUGUUCAAUCACUGUGUAAUGUUUUUCCCUUCCCAAAUUUUAAAAAAGUAUUUUGUAUAGUAAAUGUUUAAACCAAAAGACAGUAAAAGGCACUUACUGGCUUUCACACUAGCACUUUUGGUGCGCACCCCGGUUCGAAUGACGUCAGAGUUCGGUUCGUUUGGAUGAUGUGAACGCUGUCUUCCGAACUCGGGUGCGCACCCGCGAACCGUACUCGGGUCCGCUUAAAAAGGUGGUCUGGGGUACGGUUCAUGUGAACUCCAGUACGGUUCGCUGCUGAUAUGAACGCAAUCGAACCAAACCGCGGAAGUGAACCGCUAUUGAUGACGUAUAAUUUGGUCAUCAGUCUCACACACUUUCAAAAUGAGCGGAAAGGGUUUACUUUGCGUGCGUGCGUGCGUGUGUAUACACUUACCUUGACGAAAAGCGGGAUUGACGCACACGCACUGCAAGCAGAGAGAUGAUUUCUGCUUGCCUUCGCAAAAAUUGUCUUCGGCGGACAGCCCGCUGUCUUUUGAACGCAGUAUUUUUGCGGCAGACAGACGCAAGUGUGUUUCUGUAUCUUGAUGUUGAAAACAAAACCAAAGGUUAAAAAAAGGAAGAACAAAUGUGAACCGAGCAAGUCUAUUCAUUGAAUUUUGACGCCUUUUAAUUUCGCGGUUAUCAAGCAACACGAUUACGCACCAGCUGCAGCUUGAUGACGCAAGCGUACCGCGGUUCGUAUACAAAUAUAUAAUGUGAACACAGUCCAUCGGGGGCAGGGGGCAGGGGGGAGCAAUCCAACUCGGGUUCGGAACAGGCAAUCGAACCAAGUGUGAAAGUCCAGUGUUAUCUGCUGAAAAAUGUUACAAAAAGUGCUUGAGUUGAGUUAGUUUUUUGCAGCGAAGAAUUCUGUUUUUUUUUUUACUAUCCAAGAAAAACCAGGAAGGAACAGAAGGGAUAUGCAUACAAAGAAAUGUAGUGCAUCUGCACCCUGUGACUCAGAGUCUGUAUUGCAUUUUUAAUAAAUGCC